AACCUAAAAAAAGGAACCUCAGGAGCUGCUAAGGAACAAAGUGUUUAUUAUUGGGAACUUUAUAGAUUCGCGACAUGUCUAGACUGGUUCUGCAUUGUGAUAGGAGCGACCUGCUCCAUAAUUUGCGCACUUUGUCUUGCCUACUUCGGAGUGAUAUACGGCAUAGUGACAGGUUAUUUCGUGGACUAUAUCAUAGAAGUAGGCAAUUCAUCUAUAACGCAGACUGACAAGGAUCUGGCUCGAGACAACAUGAUCGACAAGGUUUUUCUGAUGAGCAUGCAGAGCAUUGGCAUGGGAUUGUUGACCAUACUGUGUCAAUAUAUAGCAGGCGUUAUGUUUACCUACAGCAGCCUUCGACAGACGUUCAAGAUAAGGAAAAUUUUCCUGGAAAAGAUGCUGUGUCAGGACAUCAGUUGGUACGAUCUCAACAGAACAGGGGAUUUUGCAACGAUUUUCUCUGAGAAUCUGACGAAGAUAGAGGACGGUAUAGGGGAGAAAGUAUCUCACUUCAUUUACUUCGAGACGGUUUUUCUUUCUUGCGUGAUUUAUUCGCUCGUUCUGGCCUGGAAACUGACCCUCAUCUGCUCCAUUUCUCUGCCUGUCUCGACGAUCAUAAUGGGACUUGUUUCGUGGAUCUCAACUAAGUACUCCAACAAGGAAGCAGAGUCCCAUUCGAAGGCAGGAGCCAUAGCAGAAGAAGUGUUCUCCGCUAUAAGGACUGUGGUCGCCUUCGACGGCCAAGAAAAAGAAUCCAGAAGGUACGUGGAGCCACUGAGGCAAACCAUGGAUUGCAACAUAAAGAAGAGCUUCUGGGACGGGCUCGGAAACGGUUUUCUGUGGUUUUUCGUGUACGCCGGCUGCGCAGCGUCUUUCUACUUCGGCAUCAAGAUGAUAAUACACGACAGACAUCUGUCCGUCGAAGAGAAAUCUUACGACGCAAUGGUAGUCGUAACUGUGUUCUGCGAUACCUUCAUAGCCUUCUGGAUGUUCAGUUCCGCAGCGCCCUACUUCCAAAUCUUCGGAUCCGCGUGUGGAGCCGCAGCGAAGGUCUUCAAAGUCAUAAACAGCGAACCGAAGAUCAACAGGCCCAACCAACGAGGCUUGAAACCCAAGGGUAUAAGGGGCGAGAUAAGAUUCAACGAUGUCCACUUCAGAUAUCCGGCAAGAUCAGACGUCAAAAUUUUGAACGGUGUAUCUCUGAGGAUAGAACCGGGAGAGAGCGUGGCUUUCGUUGGAUCUUCUGGAUCGGGUAAAUCUACGUGUAUCCAAUUGUUGCAGAGGUUUUACGAUCCCAUAGAAGGGGAGGUUCUACUAGACAACAACAAUUUGAAGGAUCUCAACCUGAAUUGGCUCCGAUCCAACAUAGGUAUAGUUGGACAGGAACCAGCCCUGUUCGCUACAACCAUUUCCGAGAAUAUUCGUUAUGGCAAACUCUCAGCCACUCAAGAAGACAUAGAAAAGGCUGCGAAGAAGGCUAACGUCCAUAAAUUCAUCAAGGGGCUGCCAAAUGGUUACGAUACCGUUAUUGGCGAGAGAGGCACCCAGCUUUCUGGUGGGCAAAAACAAAGGAUAGCCAUUGCUAGAGCCUUAGUUGCUCAACCUUCGAUCUUGCUGUUAGACGAAGCAACUUCUGCUCUUGACACGACAAGCGAAGCUGAAGUUCAAGCGGCAUUGGAUUCAGUCAGCGCAGAAUGCACGACCAUCAUCGUGGCCCACAGGCUAUCGACGGUGAGGAACGUAAAUAGGAUAUUCGUCUUUUCCAAGGGUGAGAUCGUCGAGGAAGGCACCUAUCAGCAACUUAUAGACUCGAAAGGAGUCUUCUACAACCUCGUGAAAUCCCAAGAAGUGAACCACGCCACUGCGGACGACGAAAAAAAAACCACGGCUUCCAAUGAAUACGAGAUGCAGCCUCGAGAUGGAGGAGCUCGUUAUAGGAGGGACUCCGGGAUGGAUGUACACAAGUUCCGACACAGGGAUAGCAUAUCCGUCGAAGAAUACGGUCCUUUCGCGACCUUCCUCAAGGUGCUCAAACUGAACAAACCAGAAUGGUUCUGGAUUUUCUUGGGAUGCUUAUCAUCUCUUCUCAUAGGAUGCACAUUGCCUGCCUAUUCAAUCCUUUUUGGGGACGUGGCUGGAAUCUUGGCUGAACAAGACGAUGAUAUUCUUAUGGGAUCAACUAGUUACAUAUGUCUGCUAUUUGUGCUCUUGGCAAUAGUGGCGCUGUUAUUGUACAUUGUACAGAUGUAUUCUUUUGGAGUGGUCGGCGAAAAUUUAUCGAUCAGGAUACGCGAAAAACUCUUUGACGCCAUCCUAAGCAUGGAGAUUGGGUGGUUUGACAGAAAAGAAAACGGCGUCGGGGCAUUGUGUGCCAAACUUUCCAGCGAUACAGCGGAGAUGCAAGGGGUAUCUGGAAUGCCUGUUGGAACCAUCCUACUGUCCCUGUGCACUCUGAUCAUCUCCAACGGCUUAGCUAUCUAUUUCCAUUGGAAACUAGCCUUAGUUAUGAUAGUAUUCGUACCGUUAAUCUUCAUCGGGGUGUAUUUCGAACAAAAAAUCAUCAACGGUGAUUCAGAUUUGAAGUAUAACCAACUGCAAAGAUCAGCAUCGGUUGCAGUGGAAGCCAUAGGAAACAUAAGGACUGUAGCCUCCCUCAGUUGUGAAAGGGUCAUUUGUAGCUUAUACAACGAAGAGCUGAAGGUUUACGUGCAAACAGCCAAACGUAAAUCGCACUUUAGAUCGUUCAUGCUCGGCUUCUCCAGAAGUUUGGUCUAUUUUUCUUACGCUGCCGGCAUGUACUACGGUGCCAAAUUGAUUGCCGACGAAAAAACCCCCUAUGGAACAGUCCUCAAAGUUUGCGAAUUGGUGGUCUACGGCUCGUGGGCUUUGGGAAACGCCUUCGCAUUUGCCCCCAACCUCCAGAAGGGCAUUGCAGCAGCCCAACGCGUCUUUACAUCUAUAGAAAGACAGCCCAAGAUAAGGAACGUAAAGUAUGCCUCUAAGAGACCUUGGGAAAAGGGCGAGAUAGAAUACUCUCAGGUAUAUUUCUCCUAUCCCACCAGACCAGAAAUACCGAUCCUGAGGAAUUUAGACCUGAAGAUACCGCCGGGAAAGACCAUAGCCCUGGUAGGUUCGAGCGGAUGCGGCAAAAGCACCAUCAUCCAACUCUUGGAGAGGUUUUACGACCCUACGGUCGGAGAAGUGAGCAUCGACGAUUCCGACGUGGGCGUCAUGGACCUGCAGCAUCUCAGAGCCCAGUUCGCCAUAGUUUCCCAAGAGCCGAACCUAUUCGAUAUGACGAUAGCCGAGAACAUAGCCUAUGGCGUGAAUCAGAAGACGACCACCAUGGCUGAGAUAGUUCAGGCGGCCAAGAACGCCAACAUACACGAGUUCAUCGCUUCACUUCCUCUGGGUUACGAAACUCGCUUGGGGACCAAAGGAGCUCAGCUUUCCGGAGGGCAGAAACAGAGGAUAGCCAUAGCGAGGGCUCUCAUCAGGAACCCGAGGAUCCUCCUCCUAGACGAGGCCACUUCAGCCCUAGACAACGAAAGCGAGAAGGUCGUCCAAGAGGCCCUGGACAAGGCCAGGAAAGAUCGCACUUGCAUAGUGAUAGCCCAUCGACUGACGACAGUGCAAGACGCCGACCUGAUAUGCGUGCUGAACAAAGGUCAGGUGGUGGAGAUGGGAAGACAUCACGAGCUGAUAGAGAAAGGUGGACAUUACUACGAAUUCUACAGGCUCCAAUCGACCGUGGCUUAGGGGGAAUUCUAGGACGGAAUUAUCUGCGGACUAUCGAAAGUCGAGAGCGAAACCGCAAGCCAGAAUGAUCGGGAAGAAUUUUUUCGUUUCGUACGAGUUGAUUCGAGACUGCUCCGAUAGUUGUUACAGUUUCAUACGGCAAAUGUUGCUUUCCCUAUGUUUAAUUUCAGAAUAAAAUAAGUUAUGAAAAGACA